UUGAUGUGUGAUGACAAAAUGGCGUCGGCGAAAUCUUUGGAGGACAUGUUAUCUUCAGAUGUCGACGAAUCGGCAGUUAGUGCGUUAGUUGGGUCUCUAGAAUCACAGUUGUUGUCAUCAAAUAUCCAUAUACCUAGUCAAGAUGUUCAAACGUCGUUAAAUCACAUAAAUUGUGACAGUUUACGCGAUGGACAGAAACUCGGUCCUACUUCGACUCAUCUGACUCAAGCGUCUUCGAUACUAAACAAGACAAAUUCGCAAGUGGUUACUAAUAAUGCAACAUCUCCGUCGACUCCUAACACAGUUAUGGUGACUUUAGCUGGUGCAUUGCCAGCUAGUGGAUAUAUUAGUCAAGUGACCAGCCCAGCACAACAAGCCCUUCUCAAUACUUCUGCUGGAAGAAAUUCCGAUAUCAAAAUAGUUUAUUCGCCUCAACCUACCACCAAUACCAGUAGUACGGUGAUCCAAGCACAAAGGGGUAAGGUAACAACAGUACCUAAUGGAAACGUUGGUAGACCUGCAACCACGGUAGGACCUGUCAUUACCAUGGCAGGAGCAUCCGUUGUUACUACAGCAGGAAUGACUGCGAUUCAAAAUUUAGCAAAUAUUGCAUCUCAGCAAGCACCUUUGAUGAUUCCCAAUGCGUGUACUACACCUCCUAGCACCAUUCCUAUCAGUGUUAAUGCCAAACAGGUGGUGACUAGGCUGACGGUGAGAGAACAGCUCGAACAAAAACAGCAGACGGAAAAAUUGAAUGUCAAGACACAGCCGCAAUUAAUGAUCAAAGAGGAAUCUUCUGGAGUGCAUCAGCCCCACGAUUCGACUAACGUUAUUAUUCCGUUGACUCAGGCACCUCCGCCGGUGGUUACAAACGUUAUACAGGUUUCGAGUGCAACGCCGACGGUGGUUACGGUGGCAAAGACAACACAGUCGCAGUCUCAGACGCAACCUGGUCAGCCGGUAAAUGUGGUGACGCAGGUUGUAUCGAAUCCAAAUAUUCUUCCCGGUGUUCAGAUUGUUAAUGUCAGUCCACGAACUCAAGGCAUUGCGGGGCAAAAAACAUUAGCACCGAGACUUGUAUUUGGAAAUCCAGUUCGCAUUGCACCCCAGAUGUUAACUGCACGUCCGGGGGCACCGGUUCAAACGGCGGGACAGAAUACGAUCACAUUACAACAUGGAAUGGUACGUGGAACUAUUUUGGUGAAAACGGAAAAUGGACAGUUGCAAGUUGUGAACGUAGCACCCGGACUAGCACCUAGUUCUACAGCUAGUUCUAUUCCUGCCACAUACCGUUUACAAUCAGUACAAUUACCUGGUUCAGCUGUCACAAAUAGCAAUGUCACACAGCCACUUACAAUCCAAACUACAACAGCAAAUGUUCAAGCAGCAAAUGCUUCUUCUCAGAUUGCUCAUUCUCGACCAGCAGUCCAACAGGCAACGGCUCAGGUGCGAGUUAUGGCACCAAUGGCCGGUACUUCAUUUGCCCAAUUUGCACAGCCUGGAACUCCACAAAAUAUAAUUACUCAACAACGUAUUGUAACUCCCCGGUUACCGGCAUCUGUAGUGAGUCAUGCAAAGAGUUUACUAGUGACAACUGCGACUAAAGCGGGUGUUUCUCUGUCUUCAACUGCUAUUUCUCCAGCAACAGUAGGAGUUCUUCAAACUAAAGGAAUUACUGCAUCUAGAACUGUAUCCUCACUUGGUGUACAAAAAGAAAAAGAAAAAAGAAGUUAUUCGUCUUUGAGAGACGAUGACGAUAUCAAUGAUGUUGCGGCGAUGGGUGGCGUCAAUCUAGUGGAGGAGAGUCAGCGUAUCCUAGCAUCAAAUGCAGAAAUUGUAGGAACACAAAUUCGGUCUUGUAAAGAUGAAAACUUUGUUUUUACUGGUGCUCUUCAGAGAAGGAUUAACAUGAUAGCGGCGAAAUACGGUUUAGGCGACACUCCUUCGGAUGUUUUAAGUUUAAUCUCACACGCCACUCAAGAAAGGUUGAAAACGUUAGUAGAGAAAUUAGGUAUAAUUGCUGAACAUCGAGUAGAAAAUAUCAAGAAUGAUCCUCGGUAUGAAGUAACCCAAGAUGUCAAAGCCCAGUUAAAGUUCCUGGAAGAACUGGAUAGGAUAGAGAAAAAGAAACAUGAAGAACAAGAGAGAGAGAUGCUGUUGAGAGCAGCAAAGAGUCGGUCUAAGUUAGAAGAUCCAGAGCAGCUGAAACUAAAGCAAAAAGCCAAAGAGAUGCAAAGAGCAGAGAUGGAAGAGAUGCGUCAGAGAGAAGCAAACAUGACAGCACUCCUCGCCAUCGGUCCCAGAAAGAAAUUAAAGCCCGAUCCAUUAGGAAUAGGUCUCAACCAACAGCUAGGCCAAAGUAGUCCAUCUGGUAUCAACAAUACAAUUGUCAAACCUCAGAUGCGACCACGAGUAAAGAGGGUGAAUCUCAGGGACCUUCUAUUCUUAAUGGAUCAAGAAAAGGAAACAGUGAGGACUCCCCUUUUGUAUAAAGCAUACCUAAAAUAGAAUUCUGACAUAUCGGUGGUCUGCUCGGGCCUGAAGUUUUGUCAGUAGGUGAUGCCAAUCCAUCCACCUCUCGGAACAGUAUUCCUCUCCUCAUAUAUAAGAAUUCUCCCAUUUUGCAUCCGAUUUACUCCAGCAGAGAACGAGAGAAACAAUCUGUGCAACGUGACAUACUUCCGGAAUACUGUUUCCUGCCAUCUCAUGCAUCUUUUCUAUCGUGAACGAUUGUAAAAUUCUGUACAUAUAUAAAACAAUCAUCAUUCUAUCGACCAUUUUGCGUAAAAAAGUCUGUUAUUUGUAGUAUAUAUGAACAUGGAAGUGUGUUUAUCGAUACGUCGUCGGUUGGCAAGACUCUUCACCCCGACGCCCCUACGUCACACACGUGCACCCCGUAAUUGUUACGUUUAGCAGUGGUUGCACCGAAAACUUCAUCACAUCAGACAAAAGGUGUAUCAUCGACUGUAAAAAGGAAAACAAAAAAAAAACUAGGAAAAAAUACACAAAAAAAAUUGAAUUGCAAGAUCAUCUUUGUUGCCAUUUUUAAUAUAAGAAAGAUUAAAGAGAAAAAAAAUCAACAAACAAAAAAUUUGCAUAAGUUCAUUUGAGAAGGGACGAGACAAAAAGUGGAACAGUCAAAAAAAAAAAAAAAAGAAUUGAAAUUGCUCAAUCUCCUCGUCAUUUGUUGAA